CCAGGAAGAUUUUUUUGGCUAGGACACAUCCACGGUGACCCCAGUCUCAUAGAGUUUGGUCAUGUCAUCUGCGAGUGCUUUACAAAGGCCCGAGAUGCUGGCAUCCUUGGACGCGUACCACGUGGCACUGCCUUCUGGUUCACACAGAGGACUGCCAUCGAGGCUUUGUGGUUUUUGCCUCAUCGCGUUUCUUCGAUUUGCAGCUGUGGCUGCAGCAGCUGCCUGCUUUGCGGCAGCCUCUCGAUCCGCAGGCCGGCUCCUCCCAUUUUGGCUUGCAAUGCCAAGACAUCAGCGUUGUACUCUUGGCGCUGGAUCUCUGGUGAUAGAUGUCUUGCCCAACACCGCGGGCCUCCAAACUGGAAAGCUGAUGUGUCACCAUGGCAGUCAAUCACGCCUUCUCCUCCGUGGAGUGUGGAUUGGAGUAGGAGUUGGAGAUGUACCUGGCCAUGCUCGGUUGGUAGGCCAUUCCGGAACUUGAUGGAGCUGAACAUGGAUGCGCACACACACAGAGCGCACCUCACAUCCCCUGCCGCCAGUCUUCUAAACCAAAAUGGCUUGC